CAUUAACGUCAAAGGUUUGAAAAAUUUUUGUUGUUUGUGUUCGACUUUUUUCGCAACAUAAUUUUUUGUUGUUUAAAAUUAUGUUUAGAUAUGCUUAAGUAAGCUGUACCCAUCUUCAACUAGAGACUGACCAAAGAAAUGUUAAGCAUUAAUACAACAAUCGAGACUGCAGCUUGUUCUUUGUGUAUGAAAUCAGUCUGUGAUUCUGUGCUAACUAAAUAUGAUUACCGUCGUACUGGUUUUGGGAACGUUAUUGUCAGCCUCAAUGGCUGAAAUUGAAGAAUUCUAUCGAUGGAAGGUCUUAAAUUACACAAAUGUUCCCGACGAUGCAUUCAGUGAUGCCUAUUUCAACAAGUACAUUCCUGAAAGUAAUCUGCCCAAUGGUGCUGUUCACCACAAUGGACGAGUAUUUAUAACAGUGCCCCGACGACGAAUUGGUGUUCUUUCCUCCCUCAAUUAUAUUGAAGUCGAUCACAGGGACAAGGAUGGAAAUGAACCAUUGUUGAAACCAUAUCCAGAUUACGAAACGAACAGAUUGGACUCCCUUGAACCGAAUUCGAAUCGUAUAGUGUCCAUCCUAAGACCAACGGUGGAUGAGUGUGACAGAUUGUGGUUCAUCGAUUCCGGAGUUGUCAGCUCGUACUCAUCAACGCGCCAACGAAUGAAUCAGCCAUCGCUGUGGGUCAUUGAUUUGAAAACCAAUCAAAAAGUGCGUCGUUUUGAAAUUCCGGAUGCCAAUGACAAUGGAUAUGCGAGCAUUACGGUCGACGCGGAAGCAGAAAAUUGCAAUGAUGCUUAUGCCUACGUACCGGAUUUGGUUCGAAGAGUUCUCUCAGUGUACAGUUUUCGAGAGGAUAGGAUGUGGACAUUCAAACACAAUUACUUCUCGUUCGAUCCGCUGCUAGGUGAUCUGAAUGUCAAUGGACUUAAAUUCCAAUGGGAUGAUGGGAUAUUUUCGGUUACACUUGGCACACGGCAAAGGAACGGUUUCCGUACGGCGUACUUCCAUCCAAUGAUUAGCAACAACGAGUUUACUGUGAAUACUCAAGUUCUCCAAAAUCGGUCAAAUUCAUUGCGCGAAUACCACAACGACGAUUUCAAUUUGCUCGGAUACCGUGGUCCGAACAAGCAAUCUACGAAACAUGCCUUUGAUCCAAAAACGGAAAUUAUGGUCUAUGCAGAGAUAGCACGUAAUGGUUUGGGAUGUUGGAAUUCUAAGCUUGAAUUCUCCGAGGCUAACCAUGAUUCGAUGGGUCAAAGUGAUGUGCUAAUGUUUUACCCCACUGAUAUAUCGAUUGACGAGAAUGGUGUGAUGUGGUCGCUAACGAAUUCUUUUCCACGUUGGCUUUACGGUUCACUCAACCAUUCCGAGUAUAAUUUCAGAGUAUGGAGGUCACCCGUACAAGAGGCUAUAGCUGGAACGAAAUGCGACUUACAUCGUGCUACUUAAUUGACAGAAUAAUUUUGUUUACAUUGAAUCGAUUAAAUUUUUUUAAGCAAA